AUGAUUACGACUGAUCGAGGCGCGCAGUUUGAGUCGACACUUUUCCAAACUCUCCUCAACUUCCUUGGCUGCAGACGUAUUCGGACGACGACCUACCACCCAGCUGCCAACGGCAUGGUUGAGCGUUUCCACCGCCAGCUAAAAACUGCACUGCGUGCCGCAGAAGAUCCCGAAAACUGGUCAGACAAUGUACCCGUUGCACUUCUUGGCAUUCGUGCGGCACUGAAGUUAGACUUGGACUGCAGCGCAGCCGAAUUGGUUUUCGGCCCUACCCUCCGACUCCCUGGUGAGAUGGUCACCCCAACAUCUCGUGGGGCCGAAGAGACCCCCGAAAAUUUUGUGCAUCGUCUGCGACAUUUCAUGCGCUCGCUUUCCCCGGUUCCACCUCGAGCUCCAUCGACCGAGCCUUAUGUUGAAAAAGGCUUAGCCAACUGCACCCAUGUGUUCGUUCGGUGUGAUCGUGUGCGGACGCCGUUAGAAUCACCAUACGAAGGACCGUUCCGUGUGCUUGCAAAUAACAGCAAGACCUUUCGGAUCCUGCGAGGUGACAAAGAGGACGUAGUCAGCAUCGACCGGGUCAAGGCUGCUGUUGCAGAGGAGCCCCCGGACGUGUCUCAAGGACAAGCAUGUGCUGAUCCCAUACCUCCUCCCACUCCUUUUCCACUUUCCCCACCUAUCCCUCCGUCCCGUGUACUUCCUCUUCCUUCUUGUUCGCAGCAUCAAACUGCAACCUCUUCCUCCACCCUUAACCUGUCCACUACAACACCUACUCAGCUGCCUCCAACAGGGCCUCUCGCAUAUAUCACCCGCAGUGGACGUCACGUUCACUUUCCCGAUCAUUUAGUUACUCAUUUCUCCUAG